AUGCCCGAAAGCGUUCCUCUCGUGCGGAUUGGAAGGUACUUUCAGCGGUUGACGUGCAUGUGUGCAAAGAUACUACUAUUUGAAAUCUGCGUUGAGAUUGUCGAUGUGACAUUCGGCCCUCAGGGCCCAAAGAGAACUCGGCGGCGGCUUGUCGGGCAUCCCGUCAACCCUGACGAUGUUGGCGCAGAUGCUGAAGAACACCCUGGAAUGGACGCCGGGACUGCAGAGUGUUUGCCGCCAGGGAGCGAAUCGCUGCACCUUCCCUCUCCCCGAGAUGAAGAUCGGCUGACCGCGCACGGCACGCCCAAUGACCAAGACCCUGCCUUCACCGACAACGACAGAGGGAGACAGAGCCGAAGGCAGAAUGCAUUGCAUCUUGAACCAAAUGGGAGUCACCAGGAGGUUGACUCCGAAGUAGCUGAAAGACAGCCCAUCCUCAAUAAUAGUGAGCAUCGUGGCCACGAUAGGGCGACUCUGCAGCCGUGCUCCUCAUUUCUAAACACUGUCUGCCAGCCAGGUGUGCCUCCGGGGACAACCAGUGCCGCAGAUCCCACAGCUAUGUUGAUGGAAGACAGCCCUGCAAGCCGACAAUCUCUCGACCUUGAGGUCUUGGAUUAUCUCGCGUCCAAUCCGUUCAACCUCGGCCACCUGACUGAGCAUCACUGGUCCGACCACGCCUUGGCCGCAGAUAACUUCACUGGGGCAAUGCAAGGCUUCUCACCAGUGGUUAUUGGAUCUGCCACAGGGAGCUCUCCUGAUCUCUGCCGGCCAGCCUAUCAUGACACUUCAUACAAAGAUCUUGAUUCCCAGCUCCAUAACCAUGUGGUCAAGACUGCGAGGAACAUGGCCUUGACGCGCCAAGGCACCCCGGAGAUGGUCCCCAGCACGCAGGCAAAGAGCACACCACGACCUACAAGUUGGGCCAGCGGAGGAGACCCUCUUGCAGGUCCUUCAGGCGGCAGGAGUCGGCUUGUAAGCCUGCACAUCUCCGAAGCGCGCUACAUCGAACUGUGGCAGAACUAUCUCGACGAGAUCGCCCCCUGGCUAGACCUUUUCGACAACGAGAACCAUUGGCGCACGACAGUGGCGCACAUGGCGCAGCGCGUAGAGUGUCUACAAUACUCCCUCCUCGCCCUCUCUGCGCGCCAACAGGAGCGUAGGAACCCUGGCAAGCCGCACAUGGAGAGUCUCAAUUUGUACCAAGAAGCGAUCAGGCUGAUCAUGGUACAGCUCCCUACGCUCUCGACCGAGCCUGGGGGAAGCAUCUUGAUGGCUGUUGCUAUCCUGUUCGAGGCCGCGGACAUCAACGGUGUUGUUGGUGGGGUGAAGGAGGCCCUCUUUUGGACGUUUGCUCGUAUGGAUGCCUACCGAGCAUUCAUUGGCGACACCAUUACGACUCCUCCGACGAAUCGAUGUUUCAUCUCCGCAGACUCGAUGUCUGCUGCCGUCCGCCUGUUCAAGACCGCGGCCGUACCAUUCGGCGGCACAGAGCACGAGUUGACGAUGGUCUCGAUGUCGGGGAGCGGUGCUCCGGGUGCUGUGCUGAAUGUGACUCCUUGGCGCUUGCUUGCGAAGCUCCCCGUUCUUGGAGAAUGGAUGGGUAUCAGCUUGCUCGCCUACUUCACUCUUGUGAUCCUGGCAGGCAUUGGCACUUCUUCAGGAACAGUGGCAGUCAUCUCAGGUGUUCUCAGUACAUGCAUGUUUCUGGGUACAAUUCCGGUCUACUGGACUAUCGAGAGAUUUGGUCGCAGAUCGACGAUGCUUCACAGUGCCAUGGUCUCCUCGGUCUUGUUCAUCGUAUUCAUCGUUCUGGUGGCCGUAGGCGGGCCAAAGGCGCAGUGGGCCUCGGUCGUCAUGCUUUUCCUCAUCGUCUUCGUCCAAUCAUAUGGUUGGCAGGCAACCAAGUUUCUCUACAGCAGCGAGAUUGCCCCGCUCGAGUAUCGUCAUAUCGGCGGUGCGUUCUUCUCUAGCGGCGAAUGGCUCAUGGUCUUCAUCACGGUCUUUGCCUCGCCGAUCGGCUUGCAGACAUGUGGCUGGUCGUUCUGGUUCUUCAUUCUCGCAGGAAACAUUUGUGCUGUCGUCUUUGUAUGGCUCCUCUGCCCUGAGACUUCUGGUAAAACGCUUGAACAAGUCCAUUACCUGUUCAUCGGCAAGGGACUGGCAGGAUUGUACCAAGGCCCUGCAGACGAGAGUGUCUUGCACAUGGAAGAGAAGAUUGGUCACUCUCAUACCGAGGUUCGUGAAAAGACCACGGAGGAGUAG